AUGGGUAUCUCAAGAGAUUCCCGUCACAAGCGUUCGGCCACCGGCGCGAAAAGAGCUCAUUAUCGCAAGAAGAGAGCCUUCGAGAAGGGUCGCCAACCAGCCAACACCCGUAUUGGACCCAAGAGAAUCCAUCUCGUUCGUACUCGUGGCGGCAACCAGAAAUUCCGUGCCCUCCGUCUCGAAUCCGGUAACUUCUCCUGGGGCUCUGAGGGAAUCUCCCGCAAAGUCCGUGUGAUCGUUGUCUCCUACCAUCCUUCAAACAACGAACUCGUCCGCACCAACACCCUCACCAAAUCCGCCGUUGUCCAAGUCGACGCUGCCCCAUUCCGACAAUGGUACGAGGCCCAUUACGGUCAGACCCUUGGCCGAAGACGCCAGCAAAAGCUCGGCGCGGAAAACGCUGAGGAGAAGAAGAGCAAGAGCGUUGAGAAGAAGCAGGCUGUGAGAUUUGCUGCCCAAGGAAAGGUUGACCCAGCUCUUGAGAAGCAAUUCGAGGCCGGUCGGCUGUAUGCCGUGAUUUCCUCGCGGCCGGGCCAGAGUGGUCGUGUUGAUGGAUAUAUCCUGGAAGGGGAGGAGCUGGCGUUCUACCAGCGUGCGAUCAGGAAGUAG